AUGAAUUUAGACGAAAAGAUAAUAUACGCCCCUGAAACGUAUCAGUACACAAAGGGAGAGCUUCAUGAAAACUCUAUAAACAAGGACCCGUUUGAGCAAUUCCAUGCUUGGUUUGCCGACGCCAAGACCUCUGAAGACAUUCCCGAGUCUACCAUCUUUUCCACCGCCAGAUUACCCUCAGGAAGAGUUUCUUCUCGGGUGGUGUUGUUGAAGGAGCUCGACCACGAAGGGUUCGUUGUUUACUCCAACUGGCAGACAUCCAAGAAGCUGAAGGACUUUGAAACCAACAACUAUGCGUCCUUGACGUUUUUCUGGAAGAACAGCCAGAGGCAAGUGAGAGUAGAAGGAAUCAUGAAGAAAGUCGAUUACGAACAAGCAAAUCGAUAUUUUCAGACGCGGCCUCGUGGGUCCCAGAUCGGAGCGUGGUCGUCACCACAAAGUUCGGUGAUCCAGGGUAGAGAAGAGUUGGAACAGAAGGUUCGGGAGAAUACUGAAAAAUUUGGGCAGGGCGAAAUCGAGUGUCCUGAGUUCUGGGGAGGUGUGAAGAUCAUUCCGGUUGAAAUUGAAUUUUGGCAGGGAAGAAAUAGCCGGUUGCACGACAGAUUGACGUUCACCAGAGAUCACGAAGCCGGUCCGUGGACAUUGCGCAGAAUUGCACCAUAG